AUUCUCCAAUAAGAGGUCUCUCCCACUUGUGAUUGUCUCACCACUAGCAGCGUCACAUCAUACCUAAAUCAUAUAAUUUUAAAAUAUGAUCUCAAAUAGUCAACCCACCAUAACAAAAACCCUACUCUCAUGCAUGUAUAUAUAUCAAUGUCUUGAACUCUCAAUCUUUUUCCUCUUAAGAGUACUUAGCUAAACCCAUCAACGCUUGACUUAAUUAGUUGCGAAGCUCAUAACAUAGAACCGAGAUGGGAAUAAAACCUAAGUAUAUUGUGGUUGUUAUCAUGGCGAUGAUGAUCAUAAUAAGCUCAUGUUUGGCUGCGAGGAAUAUGAUUCCCCGGGAAAAUAAUCAAGAAAGCGAAAAAAUAUCUCGAGAGAUGAUCAUAGAGAAAGAAGAAGAUUCUACUGAGAAAAUAGAGCACCCAAGAAGCAGCGUGGAGAAUCACCAUUACAUCCCAAGACAAGAUUUCAACUACUAUGUACCUGGAGGCGAUAACAAUGGAGGUGGUGGUGGUGGUGGUGGAUAACUCAAAACAAAUCGGAAAAACGAUAUCGAUAAAAAUAUAUAGAUGUUAAAGAAAAAAUAUUAUAGAAAUAAAACCUAUGAAUAUGAGGCAAUCCUUAUAUAAAAAUGAAUCCUUUAAUGUUUUAUUAACCAUGUCUAGUUAUGAUCCUCUAUUAGUGAUGCUCGAUUAUUGUAUUGUCUUUUUUUUUCCUAUGUAUAAAAGAGUAAUUAUAUUUGAAAAAACUUAUUUUAGCUU